AGCACGAGUCCUGACGCUCACAGACAGAGGGAGAGACCACACUGAUGAUCUGUGCUGGGGCUGGAGGACAGGUUUAGACUUACAGAUGGUUUAAAAUGGUUUGUACUGGUCUAGAACUGUAGAGGGUGUUAGAAGAGAUGUGACAGAUCACAAACUUGUGACAAACCUCUGUGUCUGCAGGAACUUUGAGAAUGUUUGAAGCUGAAUACAAACACAUGAGAGACACACAACAACAUGUGUUGUUGAGAGAGAGAGAGAGAGAGAGAGAGAGAGAGAGAGAGUAGAAGACUUUGACUUUUAAAACUGAGGGAGACUCACAGACAAAGAGAGAGAGAGAUAGACAGAGCGACACACACCAAAAAAGGGCUUGAGCACUAGAAGUUCUGCUGCAGAAACAAACGCACACAGAGAGAGAGAGAGACAUAUAAAGAGACACACAGACAGAAUCAGACAGACAGGAAACGUGUAGAUACAGCAGAUCAAACAGGAAACAGAUGUUUGACAGAAGGGUGUGAACAGGUCAGUGUGUGUUUAGUGUGUGGAGCACUUCAGGAAUCAUGGAACGGGGUUGAAUCAGAUGAAUCGGAGUCCUGUGGAGCGUCGGCAUGUCUGUGGGCCCCGGGGCCAAAGAGCUCGCUCAUCUGAGGGACACCGGCCCGAGUGAACACACCCCGGUCACAGCAGACAUCCUGAAGGAUCCAGGCGAGCCCGUCACGGGUCAGCUGAUUGGUCCGGUCGGCCUUCAAACGCUGUUGGAUCUGCUGGUGGGAGUUUAUCAGGAGUUUCGCUCGUCUGUGCUGGUGAGAGAGAAACACGUCAAUAGAUUCCUGCAGUGGGCAGAGCCUCUGGUCAGACAGGUGAAGAAGACACGCAUCAGCAGAGAUGACUUUGACAUCUUGAAGGUGAUUGGCCGAGGAACAUUCAGCGAGGUGGCACUAGCCAGAAUGCGUCACACAAAGCAGAUUUAUGCGCUGAAAAUAAUGAACAAGUGGGACAUGCUGAAGCGUGGAGAGACGGCAUGUUAUCAGGAGGAGAGAGAGGUUUUACUGAAGGGAGAUCGUCGCUGGAUCACUGAGCUGCAUUACGCUUUCCAGGAUGACAAUUAUCUCUAUCUAGUGAUGGAUUACUAUGUCGGUGGAGAUUUUUUGACGUUGUUGAGUAAGUUUGGUGAUCGAAUCCCGGAGGAAAUGGCUCAGUUUUAUCUGGCUGAGAUGGUGAUGGCCAUCGAUUCUGUUCACAGACUGGGUUAUGUACACAGAGACAUAAAGCCUGAUAACAUCCUGUUGACGGCAGACGGUCAUGUGAGAUUGGGUGAUUUUGGCUCGUGUCUCCGCCUGGAGGAUGAUGGACAGAUUCACUCGUCUCUGGCCGUCGGCACUCCAGAUUAUCUCUCUCCAGAGAUCCUGCGGGCACUGGAGGGUGCAGGCGGGUACGGCAUCGAGUGUGACUGGUGGGCUCUGGGUGUGUGUGCGUACGAGAUGCUGAUAGGCAACACCCCGUUUUAUGCAGAGUCAAUUUCUGAGACCUACGCUAAAAUCAUACAUUUCAAGGAUUAUUUUGAGUUUCCUGAGUCGUGCUGUGAUGUGUCUGAAGAGGCGCGUUCACUGAUCACGGGUCUGAUCUGUGACAGGACAGAGAGACUGGGCUCACACGGUUCUGCAGACUUCAGAAAACAUCCGUUCUUCAGUGGUUUGGACUGGAGCUCUCUUCAUCUGCUUCCUGCUCCAUACCAGCCUGAAGUGUCCAAUGCCACAGACACAUCCAACUUUGAUGUGCUGGAUGACAGUCUCAGUGAGAUGGAGAGCUUGAGUGAUGUCAUGGAGAGCGCCCCGGUUGGAGUUCAUCUGGCGUUUGUGGGUUACUCUUACACAGCCACCAGAGAGACCGGUGCUCUGGACCGCAGCGGUGACAUCAUGAUGGAGAUCGACCAACAGCAGGAGAGAGAUCAUCUAAAACUGAAUCAGGUGUUGCAGCUCAGAGACUCGAUCUCUGCUGUGGUGACAUCAGCACCAGAACUUUCUCCAGAACAUAACAAACUAGACCGGACCAGCACUACAGAGAUGGAGGAGAACGCGGCACACGCUGAAGAUCUGCAGAGGCAGUUACAGAAAGCUGAACUGAGAAACAGAGAAUUAGAACAGGAGAUAUCUGCACUACGAGAGGAGAUUCACAGACUGACACCCAACAAAGACCAAAAGCUGUGUUUGUGCCCACUGCUGCACUCUGUGCCCGUCCACUGUCUGGAACCCGCACGGGAUAGCUCAGCGGCACUACCUGCCUGCCAUUACCCGCUAGUGACAGCACGUCACCGCCACCUACUGCUGUUCAACAGGGUGAGAAGGCCGCAGGUUACGUGUGAGUCGUAUUUGUUAGUGUGUGCUGAGGGGGCUGAACUCACGCUGUGGCAGCGAUACUGCAGCUCUGAACUCUCCUGAAUGACACAGAACACAUAAUAACACUAGAUCAUCUACAACAGACAACAAGAGUGUAGCUGAAAUGAAGGUGGAUGAACUCUGUUUGACUCUUCUCUUAUAAAUCUGAAGUGGGUCAUUUCUGCACCAAACGGAGUUAUGAUGUUAUAUUUAUUGACAAAUAAAUAUGAUAUUAAUAAAGGAAAAAAUGCCCCUGAAUAUGAAUUUCAGGGGGCAAAUAUCGUCCCUUAAUAUAAAAGUUAAUUUCUGACAGACACCGUCAAGUUUUGCACUUUUGAUUUCCAUUUGAGCACACAUAAUUCUGAAAUGUUCUAUUCAUAUAGUUUGUUUACAGUGUGUUGGUUGUGCUUUUGCUUUGCUGUCAUUAGGUUGAUGUGUGUUUCCCUGUGGAGUGUGUGUGUUGUUUACAGGUUAAUAUACACAGUGAUGUUAAUAUCCACACUCGCUCAUUAUCUGCUGUGUGAUGCAAUAGAACAGUUGAGCUACUGUACACUGUGUGCAUGAGUUAAUAUUCUCUUGUUCUCAAAACAGUGAUGUAUGACUUUAUUCUUUAGGAGAAUUUGUUAUUUUUCUGUACAAAAAAAUAACUAAAAUCAUAUAAGUUUUGUGUGAAUAACUGAAAUAAAGCUGCCUUAUUUAUUU